AUGGGGCCACCGAGGGUCACCUUCAAGGAGCAGUCAAAGGCGACCUCUGGGGAUGAAACGUUUUGCACUAAUGCCGUCAGUGACACGAAUAACGGCAGCAGUGACAGUGGAGUCUGCACCACAGGCAGUGGCAGCCAGCGGCCGUCGAAUGUGCGAAAACUCAGCAUCUCCAACUUCACACUCUUCAACGGCAGUAAGGAUAUUAACCACUCGGACGCCAAUAUGGCCGCCUACGAGAGCCAGCUAAGUCCACAGGGCUUCAUCACUACCGCCUCGAACGUCAGACUGGAGACGGAUGAUCGGCUGUGUAGCCAAGUGUAG